AGAAGAGAGAGAAGAAACCCAAGCUCUCUUUGCACUUUAUUCUCUUCAAAUUCGAUACUUUGCCCUGUUCCCUCACUGAGGUUUUUUGUUUAAAUACAGAGCCAACUCAAAGGAAAAAAAAAAGCUCUUUUUCUCUUUCCUACAUUGUAUUGUUCUAACCUCAGAAUCUCUUUAGUCUUACUUCCACGCUUUUGUUGUUGACGCUCUCUGUUCGUUUUCCGUUUCAAUUCUUCCUCAGUUUCUCUUUUUCCUUCACUUUUCCUUUCUUAUCCCUCUGUUCUCUCUUAGACUUCUCCAGCAGAAAAGACUUAUAAGUGAAAGACCAAAGGAAAAAAAAAAAGGGAAAUGCCCAACUGGGUGUUUUCGGUUUUCACCUGUUAAAAAUAAAAUAGUAAUGCUGAUUCAAAACUGGAACUUCCUUUGUUCCCCCACUUGUUUUCUCUUCAUAUCCUGAGGGAACAGAGGACUACCCUUCUCUUCUUUUCUGCUAUCAUUCAAAAUUAACCCACUUUUCUCCCAAUAUUUUCAGCACGAAACUUGAACUUUCCCUCUUGUUUUCUGAAAAGCCCUGUUUUCGAGAUUUUUUUUUGUAUUUGUCUUUGUUCACAUUUUAUCAAAGGCAAAAACACCUGAGAAUAUUAAGUCAUAGCUAAGCCAAAAGAAGCAACUCAACAAAAUCAUUAUCAUUGCUUACAAAUCUGGAUAGGCUAUAUGAAAGUUGUGAAACAAUGACAGAUGGGAACUCCAAGAAGAGCAAGGUUUUUUUAAGACAAGCCAGAAACUCAUUUGAUUCUUGUGUCAUUUUAUGUAGAGUAUGACAUUGCUGAUUAUGCUAAGUGUAUUUCCUUGAUGAAGCUUUCAUGGCCCAAGACAUUGGUCAAGAAGUGGUUCAAUAUCAAGAGUAAAACUGAGGACUUUCAUGCUGAUGAUGUUGAUUAUGGAGGUGUUGAUGAAGAUUGGAGGCACAACUUCUCAGAGAGGGAGGCAUGCACCAUCAAGAAAAGUAAAACAGGUCCGGAAUCAAACGCCACUAAAGUGAUUGCUUUGGACCACAUCUCUUUAGAGAUUGAGCAAGAGUUGCUUUCUGGGGUAGAGUUUUGCUGCAUAGGAUUUGGUUUCAAGUGCGCUUUUUGUUUCCAAAUGGGGCGCAGGAUUUUUGUAGCUACAUGGAAUGUGGCUGGAAAAUCUCCUCCUAGUUAUUUGAAUCUUGAAGAUUGGCUUCAUACCUCUCUUCCUGCUGACAUUUAUGUUCUCGGGUUUCAAGAAAUUGUUCCUUUAAAUGCUGGUAAUGUUUUGGGCACCGAAGACAAUGGACCGGCCAGGAAAUGGCUAGCCCUUAUUAGGAAGGCUCUGAAUAGUCUUCCCGGAACAAGUGGUGGUUGCCACACACCUUCCCCAAUCCCUUAUCCGCUUGUUGAACUGGAUGCAGACUUUGAAGGAUCAACAAGGCGGAAAACUUCAUCUUUCUUUCACCGCCGAUCAUUUCAAUCCUUGAUUGGUAGCAUGAGAAUGGAUAACGACAUGGCAAUGCCACAUCCCCUGCUUGAUCGGCGCUUCAGUGUCUGUGAUCGUGUUAUCUCCGGGCAUAGACCAAGUGAUUAUGACCCUAAUUUCAGAUGGGGUUCCUCUGAUGAUGAGAAUGGACCUGGGGAUUCACCAGGAAACUCUCAGUAUUUGCAAUAUUCUCCAAUGUCGUAUGGAGGAUCUUUUGCCAUGGAGGAAACCAACAGACAAAUGGGUCAGUCAAGGUACUGUUUGGUUGCCAGCAAGCAAAUGGUUGGGAUAUUUCUAACAGUAUGGGUGAAGAGUGAUCUUAGAGAUGAUGUUCGCAACAUGAAAGUGUCUUGUGUUGGCAGAGGAUUGAUGGGUUAUCUUGGAAACAAGGGUUCCAUUUCAAUAAGCAUGUCUUUGCAUCAAACCAGCUUUUGCUUCGUCUGUAGUCAUUUAACCUCUGGGCAAAAGGAGGGUGAUGAGCUUCGAAGAAACUCUGAUGUUAUGGAGAUCCUCAAAAAGACAAGGUUUCCCAGGGUUAAUGAUAUGGGAGAUGAGAACUCGCCCCAAACGAUUCUAGAGCAUGAUCGUAUUAUCUGGCUUGGAGAUUUGAAUUAUCGGAUUGCUCUGUCAUACCGUUCUGCAAAGGCUCUGGUUGAGAUGCGCAAUUGGAAGGCCUUGUUAGAGAAUGACCAGCUUCGGAUAGAGCAGAGGCAAGGCCGUGUUUUUGAGGGAUGGAGUGAAGGAAAAAUUUAUUUCCCUCCUACGUACAAGUACUCAAAUAAUUCAGACAGAUAUGCUGGGGAGGAUAGGCACCCAAAAGAGAAGCGAAGAACUCCUGCAUGGUGUGAUCGUAUACUGUGGCAUGGAAGAGGUCUCCGUCAGUUAUCUUAUGUUCGUGGGGAGUCAAAGUUCUCGGAUCAUAGGCCUGUUUAUAGUGUAUUUUCUGCGGAGGUUGAGUCUAUUAACCGCAGUAGAAUCAGGAAAAGUGUGAGUUGUUCCAGCGCCAGGAUUGAGGUUGAAGAGCUGUUGCCAGAGUCACAUGGAUAUAAUGAACUCAGUUUUCUUUGAGAGGAUUCUUUAACCAUCCAUAUUCUAUGCUACACUUGAGGAAAAUGAAACAGGAUUAAGUGCAUGGCUGUAGAAGGUAAUUUGUCUUUACCAGGGAAUUAAACUGAUUCCUUCAAACCUUAGAAUUAAAGCUAUUUCUCUUGGGCUGUUAACA